AUGCCUUUACUGAGUACAUGGGGUAUGUUUCGAUGGAGUUUAUUUAUAACUGUUCUUAUAAUGAUUACAUGGAUAUAUUUUUAUCAUGAUCCUGCUCCUCCAAUGGUCUUACCGGAAAUAUCAAAAAAUACAUUCGAAUUUAUUCGUCAAAAUAUAAAUAAAUCUCAUCAAGCUACACAAAUUGAAACACUUUGGCGACAAAUAGUUACGAAAUUUGUUUCAUUACCAUUACAUCCCGGUGGAUCACAUUCUAUUCCUCUUCUUGCUUCGAUUGUUCUCACGAAUGGUUCUAUUUUAGAACUUGGUUGUGGUCGUUCAAGUACACCAAUGCUUCAUAAUCUAACACUUUUUACUCGUCGUUAUCUCUUAUCAGUCGAUUCACAUAAAGCCUGGCUAUCUAAUAUGUCAUCUUCUAUGUCGAAUAGUCCAUUACAUAAAUUUCAACAUGUUACAGAUUGGAGUACAAUUGGAAAUGAUCAUCGAUGGAGUGUUGUUCUAGUUGAUAAUGCUCCGGAACAACGUCGAAUGCAUGAUAUUGUUAAAUAUGCUUAUCGAUCACAAGUUCUUGUUAUUCAUGAUUCUGAAGCUGCUGGAUAUCAAUAUGAUAAAGUUGCACCAUUUUUUCCUUAUAAAUAUCAAUAUCAAUAUAUAGAAGCAUAUACCGAUGUUUGGAGUACAACAGAAACAUCAUUAAUUGAUCAUAUUCGAUAUUUAUCCGAAUUAACAAUUCCAUGGCAAUUACCACGUCGAGCUCCAAAAAAUAAACUUCCUACACAAUAA